GGGAGCCUGCGGGAAGGGGGAGGGAGCUGCAGAGCUGCCUGGAGAGGAGUAUCCUGGUUUGUUCCAGCCGACCAGCUCCGUCUGUACGGGGGACGCUCCGAGGGCUGCUGCGCUGGGGCUGGGUUGACAUGUACUUUACCUGGGGAAGGAUAUAGGUACAGGAUGAGCAGUUCCAUCUUACUACUGUACCUUUUGAGAGGUUGCUUAUAUAUCGCUUCAUUCUUCUGAAGUUUUGUCAGGUCCAUGUGAAUCCACCAUUUGCCUCUACCAGAAUCUCUCCCUCCAGUGUGUGGAGCCUGCCCCACACCCAUCAUCUGUCAAACCACGGCCUUUACCUGUGUCUUCCGCUGUUUCCCGUGCGACCCUUCUUGCGGGAGCGCCUCCUGGGCUACCCCAGAGUUCACACAGCAUUCAGUGGCUCCAAUGGUGAAGAUGACGAGGUCCAAGACUUUCCAGGCAUAUCUGCCUUCAUGCCACAGAACCUAUAGCUGCAUUCACUGCAGGGCUCAUCUUGCCAAUCAUGAUGAACUCAUUUCCAAGUCCUUUCAAGGAAGCCAAGGGCGAGCAUACCUCUUCAAUUCAGUAGUUAAUGUGGGUUGCGGCCCUGCAGAGGAAAGGGUGUUACUAACAGGAUUACACGCAGUUGCGGACAUUUAUUGUGAAAACUGCAAAACCACACUGGGCUGGAAAUAUGAACAUGCUUUCGAGAGCAGCCAGAAGUAUAAAGAAGGCAAAUACAUCAUUGAACUAGCUCACAUGAUCAAGGAUAAUGGCUGGAAUUGAAAGGGAGCAACCCAGCCAGCCAGUGUAUAAGAGAAUGCCAUCCAAGUGAACAUUAUAUCCAAGAGUGAGAGAGUGACUGAACGCUUGGUUCCAUGCAUUUAGAGGCUCUGCCAUGUGGGAGCAUCUUCACACCCUCGUCCAUCUUUAUUGGUGACUGGCCUCUAAAUUUGUCUCUCUGUCUCUUUGCUUUUUAUCUGUUUGUGAGUUGACCCUGGCUGCUUCUCUCUGUGUUCUGGCGUUGGCUAAGAGAAUGCACCAAAUGCCUGACAGCAUUCCAUGUUUAUGAAUGUCUAAGUACAAACUGAAGCUGGCUCUUUGGUGGCAUUUUAUCAGAGGGUCUCAGUGCGCGAGGGAGACCAGAGUUGUUUGGGCAGGAGGAGAGAAGAAGGGGGCUGGAGCAGAAGGGGAAAUAAGUUGUAACACAACUGCUUUUCCUUAAAGUCCUGGUAACCAAGGCUUGAAACGAUGGACAGAAAUAUACCUCAUGGCUGCAUCCUCUCUGAAUCUCGAACCUGCGAUUCCAGCGGCAGCGCUCCAGACUAAGCUGGCUGAGCACAAGUCGUAACCAAAAGCCUCCUUGCUAGCUAAUUCCUGAAACGGAUGUGCAAUUCCAUCUUUUGAAAGGGUGUUUCUUAUUAUUCCCUCAGUCCUCUUGUGAACGUCUUGAUGUGGAGCUUGAUGACUAAGGAGAUUCCCCAAGCUCUCUCCUUCUGCUUCUCCCUCCUCCUGUUUUGUAGCAGAUGGGCAAACCAUCCCAGAGCAUGGCUACAGUCCUCCACACUACUGGGGAAACAAAAUUCUGACCCUGGGCAACUGAGAGAGGAGACAACAAAUCAUGUUGUGUAGAGGAGGCUGGUGCUUCAGAUUAGAAGAUAUGACAGAUAUGCGAGGACACAGGCAUGUCCUAGGGAAGUAUGUAGAAGGUAAAGAGGUGCAGACAAACUGAAAAAAAUAAGAUGCCAUCUUAGUUUUCCAGCCCUUACCAUGUGCCGUUAGGGCAAAACGCAGGCAGUGUCAUCGCACGAGAUCCAGUCAUCCUAAUGUGCAAUGGGAAAAUGGCUUUAACAGGAAUUUUUUUUUAAGAUACUAAAAUUUCAGACUCCACCCAUCAGCUGCUCUCUUUGAAUCCAUCCGGGAUGUGAUGGAACAGUCAGUGGCUCUGGGGGUGGUGAACACGUUUCACAGGUGGAUAGUUCAAGCCCUGAUCUAUCCCGUCUAUCUUGACUCCUGGUGUUUUAAAAGGCCUGUUUCGAAACUGAGCAAUGGUUUAGGCCUCAGUUGUAGGGGGAGAAGAGAUUUUGAAAUCUAAUUGCAAUGGACAAGUCCUAUUUUAAAAAUGUUUUUCAAUUUUAAAUUAAUUUUCAUGGAUCAUCUUUGGUGGUGCAUGAGAGGAGAAGAAAGUACAUGAAAGAAGAUGUUGCACACAGAAAGGACAGUGUGACACUUCCUCUACAGCAGCCCAGUCAGUAUCUGGUGCAGUACAGAAGACUAUUUAACUGAACUAGUAUUAUCCACCCGCGUGAAUUCUUUUUGUUUGUGGAAUUAUUUCAAAGUAGGUUAAUUCUCUGGGGGAAAUCCUUCUCAAUCCAGAGAGUGAAAAAUCAUGUGCAGGGAUUCAUAACUCCUUAUUUAAACUGAUCCUUCUGAUGAUUAUAACCUAAUAUGUAUCACCCUUUUCCAAUAUUCAUAUUAGCAGAGUUGGAAGGAUUUCCAAAUCACAUUUGCUGGUGAAUGGGGGGUGGGGAAUGCAGCGAGAGAAAGGCUAAUUAGAAGUGGGAUUAGAUUUCUGUGUGGCGUACCAGUGAUUAAAACCAAACCUGAACAGCUAGUGUGAAAAGCAGCUCACCCGAACAUGUGAAAAGUUGUUUUCUCACUAGAGAAGGGUUGCAUACAUGGCAUUACUAGUCACAUAUGGUUGUUACCCAGAAGUGGGUGACACAAUGGAGACUGUGUGUUACUCCUAGAAGGCAUGAACUGAAUGCCUGCCUUGGCCAUUGUGUUAGGAGGUAGCUUCUACCUUUACUCAACCUGAUGUGACCACUUCAUCUUUGAUUUCUGCUAGGCACUAUUUCCAUCCUCUUCACUGCCUCCAUCACCACUAUUUUCAACAAAAAGAAUUUCUCAGUACCCAUUAGCUUGCUGACUCUGGCAUUGGCCUUCUCUUCAUUGGCCUUUUUGCUUUUGGCCAGUAAGG